AUGUCUGCUUCCACUCCUACCCCCCAACCAACACCCAGCGCUAUUGCUGGUAAACCUGUGACCUUUUGGACCACGCUUGGGCCAACGGCCAUUAUGACAAUCAUCGGUUUUGGCCUCGGCCUUGUCACAUUUAUUGUCGGACUCCUGGGAUGGUAUUGUUUCAUAAAGAAGAAGACACAACUUGAGCGUCGUUACGCACUACCAAACAUUACGUACAAUGUAACCGAUAGUCACGACCUGGAGGCUGUGCUGAAUAUGUUACGCCUUCCGCCAUCUUUGCCGGCACCCAUGCCGGUUGAUAGAUCAUCUCUAAGCCGCUGGCAGCGGACCAAGCUUUGGUUUCGUCGGGCGCCUGCGCCUGCCCCUAUAUUCCGGCUUCGCCCCCUUGAGCCAUCAAAGGCCGCAUUCGAUGGACGUGGCCCUUGGAUCUUGGACCGGCCCCUAGUUCGACGAGUCAGCCCUAAGCCUAUCGCGACGCGUCGCACACGCUCCGUUUAA